AUGGACGAAGAAUCUGAAGUGCAGGAUGAGGGAGUGGUCUCGUUGGCGGCGGAGUGUGCGAAGCUAUGGCCAGGCAUGUUGCUGAAGAGCUCUGAGGAGGAAGGACGACUCAAAGACGAGAAGGAAGUCACUGAAGGCCCCGGUGUGGAGCACCCGGCCCACUCGGCCCUCACCGAGGCCGACACGCACACCAUCCGCGUGGACGUGAUGCGCACGCGCGGGAACCACCCGGCCUUCGGGCCACAGAUGCGGGAGAGGCUCCGAGAGCUGUUGACACAGCUUUGUUUGAAGGAGAAGAUCCGCUACAUGCAGGGCUUACAUGAGGUUGCCGCGGUCUUCGCCUACAUCGAGUCGACCGAAGGCUUUCACCCCACGGAGUCGACGGAGUCGACGGAUGCGUCGAGCCGGACCUUGGAGUGUUUCAUGGCCUUCGUGCGAAACUUUAUGCCCUGCUUCUACGAUGCGGAGAGCUUCGUGAUCUUGCACAUCACGUUGCUCUUUUUCCGUCAGCUUUUGUUGUACCAUCUACCUCACUUGCACAACCAACUGGAAGAGGCAGGGGUGGCACCGGUGGUGUAUGCUACUCCCUGGUUCAUCACCUUGUUUGCUUACAAGAAUCCCUUGCACGUCACCAUGCGCCUCUGGCACGAAUACAUUCGACGUGGAGAUCCCACCUUCGUGCCCUUCUUGGCGGUGGCACUUAUGGAGCUGGAGAAACAAGCCUUUCUCAAUGUGGAAGAGGAUGAUUUGAAUUCUGCGGUGGAUCGUACUCGAAUCACCUCGCUGGAGAAGUUGCGCGAUGUUUGGAAAGCGGCCGAGAGCUUGCAUGCGAGGACACCCAAGUCCUUUACCUUCCGGAUGUCCAAAGUGCUCACUCAAGUGAGGCAACAGCUACGGAAGGAGACUGGCCAUCCCUGGACUGAAAGUGUGCUUGCUCGUGCGGAGCAAGAACGGCGCUUGGCGCUGCUCGCCAGGGAAGCGAUUGCGCAAUAUGUCCGGGUCUCCGAAGCCGGCACCGCUGUGCCUUCCUCUGGAUUACCCUCCCUCCGAGUGCUCUUGCUGGACGUGCGACCGCGCAGCGCCUUCGACGCGGAGCACCUGCCGCACGCCGUGCACUUCCAUCCGCCGUGCCUGGCACGCUUGGCGCAAGCCACGAAUGGAAGCCGCCGGUCCGCGGAACGCUUGGCGCAAGCACUGAAGCAGGCCAUGGUGGAAGUAGGCGAUUUGGUGUUGAGGAAGGAUUCCACUCCAACCAUGGCUGCCGAAGAUGAUGGCUUGGGAGCUGAAGUCUUUCAGUCCCUGCAACUGGCAGCUUCUGAAGCUUGGGGUGAAGGUUGGUUAUCUGAAUCUGAAAGAGCUCAUCUGGCCAUUCUGGGUGGUGAGGAAGAUUGGGAUUCCGCUCAACUGUGCCGGCCGGGUGCCGUUGCUGCUUUGUUUGAGCUCUUAGCCGAGCAGCUUUCGAUGCCACGCGUCUCCGUCGUCCUGGGUGGCGCGGCGGUGCUGCACCGCGAAGCCGAGAAGCGCGGCGUCCCGACGACGGCGACGCCGCCCACGCCGGCGGCGGCCGCCGCGGAGAGCGCCGCGGCGGGCGCGGAGCGGCUGCGGGGCUUCCUGUCGAAGACGGCGACGGGCGCGCGGAGCGCUUUCCAAAGCUUUCCAAGUUUCAAGAGAGAUGGCAAAGCCAAAGAUGCUAAAGAUGCCAAAGGUUCAGAGAGUUGA